UUGACGGACCAAACGUCAAACGUCCUUUGAUCUUCAUGAACACAUGUUUACGCCAUUUUGAAAUACGAUUUCGUCAUCGUCGAGAGAUCGAUCCAAUCAGAGUUUACUCUUUUAAGUAAAGUAUUAUUUUAUCACGAGGAUCAUAAUCAGGAUAUAAACACAAUUGGAUUGUUGGAGAUUAUUAAAAUAUUCUUGAUAAAAUGUGUGUAAAGGAACAACAGAUUGAAAGUGAAAUUUACAAUGCGAGCAAUGGUAUAAGAACUGUAGUGGAUCGAAUUAUUAGGGAUUAAGUCACAAUACAGAGUCAUCGAUCUCUUUCUUUAUUGAAAAUAUUCUACUUAUUUAUAACUGUAAAGUGAACGCUCGAAUAAAAUAUAUAGUUGCAUAAAAUAUCAAGAAAAUGGCGACAGAUGUCGAGGAAUCAGAUACCGAUGAUCAUGAAAGACCAGCUCCUCCAAAACGACAACGUACACGAUGCAUUAAAGUCGAUGAAAAUUAUUGGGAAACGGAUAAAACAUCAUGCAACAGCAAACAUACAAUACAAGAGACAGAAAAUGUUGAGCAUGAAGAAGUUGAAAGACGAGAGAAAUUAAGGCGAUGGCAAGCCUGCCAAGUGGCAAAAGGAUUUGUAGACAAUACUAUUAAUAAAAUGCUGGAAAAUUUUAUCAUGCCAUCUGAAUCCUAUUCUGUGGAAGAUCCAGAAUUUCGUGUAUUUAGGGGAAAUGAUAUGGAAAAUACAGCUGUAAUGAUGGCAAUUCGUAAUCACGGUUUGGUUCAAUCAACAGAACUCGUUUCUCAAUCUGAUACUUUCUAUAAUAAUGGGGUACCUGGCUAUUGGACUAAUAAUGAUUAUACAAAUGUAUCGUGUUGUCCAUCCAGUCAUAUGGAAGAUACAGGAGAUUUUUCUAAUUCCAUAGCUGCAUCAUCAGCAAAUUCUUUGAAAUUACAUGAUCCUGUAGAGAUACCACGUUAUAAUGAGUCAACUUGGGAUGUUGGUAAAAUAGGUGAUAAUGAUCAACAAGAAGAUUUCUUAGAGCGAGCUGUAGCAGAAGCUAUCAAGAAAAAGGGCUUAAGUGCUCUGAGUGUAGAUUACGGAUGAAAUGUUUCUUUUCAUUAAUUGCCAUACAAAUGUAUUGAUACAAACAUGGUAUUAUUAUAUAUAAGACUAUUAUAUACACGCAUGGUAUAUAAUAGUGAUAACUUUGUUCUUA